ACAAUCACCAUGGGAGGAGGUGCUCCGUACCAAGCUCUCUACAUGCCAACUACGGGGUACCAAGGACUGCAACGACCCCCAUUUUCACCCUAUGUGUCCAUGAGGCCAAGGAUGGGAAUGGGGAUGGGGAUCGACAUUGGAUUUGGAUUGGAAAUGUAUAGAAUGCCUUGUUCCAGCAUUCUUCCUUGCAGUAUUCGAGUUCCUUCCCCAAUUCUGAAUCAAUCAAUGUCAACAGUCACAAAUUUACCUGGACUAAAUGGAUCAGGAGCUUUUCCAAUCCCUCAGGUGCAACAACUUAAACUCAAUUCUUCUCAAUUAUUUCUUGCUCAAAGUUCGACUAGUACAACACCAUCAAUUUAUGUUACGAGAUGUACAACCCAAGGAGAGUCUAGCUCUCGAACCAUGCCAAGAAUCGCUGAUGAAAACCACCAUCUGUCGAGUCAGGUUCAUUCUUUUCUUAGUUGA